AUGGGCACCGAGCUCGGCCUCACCGCCGACUCCAAGCCCGAGGCGCGACUCGACUCCGUCGGCAUCUGGUGGAUAUGCUGGUCCGCCGUGUGGACGCUGCUCCUGCUCGCGGGCGCGGGCUUCCUCAUCCUCAAGCGCAACACGCCGAUGCUCCGGAUCCGCGGCAUCGGCCUCUCGCUGUCGGCCAUCUUCCUGCUGCAUCUCUUCUGGAUGGCGGUGCAGCUCGGCUAUGUCAUCGGGCCGCUGUACCCCGGAGACACGCAGUACUGGAUCAUGGGCACGUACUUGCCCCUGGGCAUUGGUCUCUUUCACGGGUCGAACUCGCGGUUCCUGCAUAUCGCGCAGCGGCAGAAGCAGUACCUUGAGAGUAAGAGUGAUUCUCAAGCGGCGGCCAAGACGAGCAAUAAGGACGGCGACGGCUUCAUCAGCCGGUUCCGCCGACUUGACCACACGGCCAAGGUCAUUCUCCUGGUGGGCUCUGGAAUGCUGUUCCAGCUAUUCAUGACCAUCUUCAUGUACAUCAUCUCGCGAAAGUGGCACAGCGCUUGGGGGAUUCCAGGUACAGAAGUUCACGGCAACGACAUGGAGCAAAAGGUCCAGAUGGGCCGCGGAUGGGAGUGGUGGCCGUCUAUUAUUUGGCAGCUCUUCUGGGCGUGGGUUGUCGCCCCCUCCACCUUAUGGAGUGCGCGCGCCAUCAGGGAUACUCAGGGAUGGCGCACCCAGACCAUUCUGUGUGCGAUUUCGAGUCUCCAUGCGGCUCCCAUGUGGCUGAUUGCCUUGUAUGUUCCAGAAAUGGAGGCAAUCAACCAUCACUUUAUUCCGCCUCAGUGGAUCGCCCUCUCCAUCUGGUUGAUGGAAAUCUUCACCGUCUUCCUCCCCUGCUGGGAAGUCAUCAGCCACCAGGCCCUCUGCCAGGAGACCCUCAACACGAUUGCCCAGUGGGAGAACAACAAGACCGGCGUCGGCAAGGCCAUCCAAUCCAUCAAGUCCAAGUCGACCGUCGUCGAAUCAUUCAAGAGCGGGUGGAAAUCGACGCACACCUCCGGCAAGGCAUCCUCCGUCGAGUCCAUUCUGACGCUGAGCGCGCUGGAGCAUGUGCUGCAGAGGAAUCCCGAGCCGCUGCAGCAGUUUUCCGCCUUGAGAGACUUUUCGGGCGAGAAUAUUGCGUUUCUCACAAGUGUUGGGGACUGGAAGUCUUCGUUUCCCGCGUCGGUCUUGAAUCGCAACAGCGAUAUCUCGGAGGAGACGAGGCGAGAGCUCGUGAGAGAGCGCUUCAACCGCGCUCUUCGCAUCUACACCGACUACAUCAGCGCCACCGACGCCGCGUUUCCCAUCAACAUCUCUUCUGUAGAGCUCAAGCGGCUCGAGGCCAUCUUUGAGCAGCCCGCUCGCUCGACAUACGGCGAAAAGCAAGGCGUCAAUGCCGCAACGCCAUUCGACGACGUGUCCAGGCCCGACUCUGCAACCUCAUCGACCGCUGAAAAGGAAAAGGUCGACGGCGACGGCGUGCAAUACUGGGGCAGUAUCCCGGACGACUUUGAUCAGACGAUAUUCGACGAUGCCGAGAGGUCCAUCAAGUACCUCGUCCUGACGAAUACGUGGCCGAAAUUCGUCCGGGACAGACGGAGCUCGAUGGAAGCGUUUGAGAGUGCUGGAAGCAUCGAGGCGGGCGGCAUGCGGUUUCCGAUUCCGUAUACUACUAGUAGGUAG